AUGUUAGUCAAAGAGUUCCAACAAGGCGCUUCGCCACGCUAUUCUCACGCCGAUCCAGCGCGUAUUGGCAAUCUUUUUGCCGCACAAGUCGCCGCUUUCAAGGCCACAGGACAAAUUCCCUUCAACAUAAGAUAUCCACCUCCUCUGCAUUUAGUCAAUCAGCUUUUGGGCUACAUCUACUGCUGCUUUGUCAUUUCGCAAACACUUUGCUUGGGUGUGCUCUACUUGAAGUGCUCUUACGAUAUGUUACUCGGCGGCACAUUGGAAGAGAUUACCGAUGCACUCACUAUGACAAUAAUCUUUUGGUUUAGCGUUUAUGCUGCUUGCUAUUGGUUGUUACGUUCGCGUCGCUUAAUGACAUUCUUGCAGUAUAUUAAUCAACAUUAUUGGCAUCACUCGCUGCCUGGCCUGAGCUUUGUUAGCUGGCAUCACUCAUUUGUGCUGGCCAAGCGUUUGACAAUUGUUUGGACAAGUGUGUGUGUGGCCGGUACGGUGUUGUAUGGAUUGGCGCCGCUGGUGAUGGGUGUACGCUUGCUGCCAUUGAAUACUUGGUAUCCCUUCGAUCCAUUGCAACCUUACAUCUAUCAGCUGCUUUAUGUGCAGCAGUUGUUGGCGCAGAUAAUAAUGGGUGCCACAUUUGGCAAUGGUUCUGCUUUGUUUGUCUCAUUGGUUAUGCUCAUGUGCGGCCAGUUUGAUGUGCUCUAUUGCAGCCUGAAGAAUUUGAGUUACUAUGGGCGUUUAUGUGCUGGAUACGAAAGUGAAAAAUUGCGCAAUGAACAAGCGGCAUUACCAACAAAUCAAGACGACGAACUUAAUCAGUAUAUUUACUGCAACGAACACUUAACCGAUCUCUCAGCACUUCAACACUUACACACCCAACAACCAACGGCAACUUUGCCCGAAGCUGUACGCUCAGCCGUCGUGCAGUGUGUUCAACUUCAUCGCUUUAUAUUGGAUGCCUGCAAGGAGUUGGAAGAACUUUUUAAUCCUUAUUGCCUCGUUAAGUCGCUACAAGUAACAUUUCAGUUGUGUUUGUUGGUUUUCGUUGGCGUUGCAGGCGAACGUUCAAUGGUGCGCAUUCUGAAUUUGGCUCAAUAUUUGACCUUAACAUUCGUCGAGUUGCUAAUGUUUACUUACUUUGGUGAACUAUUGCGUGGGCAUAGCGUACGUUGUGGUGAAGCUUUUUGGCGUUCACAAUGGUGGACUCACACCGGUGCUAUACGUCAGGAUAUUCUAAUCCUAUUGGUGAAUAGCAAGCGUGCGGUACGGCUAACAGCAGGCAAAUUUUAUGCGAUGGAUAUUGAACGUUUGCGGUCGGUUGUUACUCAAGCCUUCUCAUUUCUCACACUGCUACAAAAGUUAGCGGCCAAAAAUCCAAA